AUGACCGACCUCGAAUUAGCGAUUUUACAUGAGAUAUCGAACGGUAACAUUCAAUUCAAUACGUUACACAAUCCUAUGUUGCAAGAUAAUUCGGAUGAAUAUGUACUGACCAAAAUCAAACGUGAAGAAAUCAGAUUAGAAAAACUUUUAGCCAGCGGCGCAUUCGGAAUGGUGUUUCGAGGAACAGUAAAAAAUUUAGAAAAACCGGGCAUAGAAAUACCCGCUGCCAUAAAAAUGCUUCGAAAAGAUGCUUCCUCGAAAAAGAAAAAGAAGUUUUUAGAAGAGGUGAGGCUUAUGAAUCACUUCCGACACAAACAUGUGCUAAGAUUGCUUGCCGUCUGCUUAUACAAAGAUUCUGCAAGGCUUAUGAAUCGCUUCCGACACAAACAUGUGCUAAGAUUGCUGACCGUCUGCUCAGACGAAAAUUCUCCAUUAAUUGUGUUGGAAUUAAUGGAAAUUGGUGAUCUGCUACAAUAUUUGAGGGAUAGUAGAAAAUUGCAACCAUCAGAUUUGCACGCUCUGCGUCUGCAAGAUUUGUACGCCAUGUGCGAAGAUGUUGCGCGAGGUUGUUGCUACCUAGAAGAUUUGCAUUUUGUUGGUAAAACUUAA